GGCAUGAGAGUGGGAGCUUCGGGCAGCAGCUAUAGGGGCACCGGAGUAAUACACAACGUGCUGUGCAGGAUCCCUUCCCGAGAUCACCUAUUUUAUUGAAGAACUGCAAGCUCUCUGACAAAACAAGCAAAGGAACCCUGACAGCUUAAGAUGGAACAUACAUUUGAAUCAUCUUCUGGAAAUGCAAACGUAACGCAGCAAACAGAUGAUGAGAGCCAGGGAAUUUUAACUGAACUGAGUCAAGGAAUGACUAACACUGUGGAAAAUGAACUGAAUGAAACAAUACUUCAUCAUGAAGACCAACACUCCAUUGUGGAGAGUGCAGGGGUCCAAAGUUUGGACCUAAACCAACAAAUAGAAUGUGACGAGUCAUCAGAUAUGUUGGUGGAUCAACAUAACAAUCAGAAAAUGGUUGACUUAGGAGAUAAGCCACCAGAUUCGGAAAAGCCAUUUGCCCAAGAACAACAUAUUGCAGAAACGGCAUUAGAACCACCUGAACAUGUUUUAAACCACAAAUUAUCAGAAACAGAGCAGCGGAGUGUAGAAGAUAGUUCUUCUAAUUCAAUAGGACUUCAGACAGCUCCAGAGGUCAGCAAUGAGCUACAAGAAGAAACCACACAAGCCCAAGCAGUUGUGCAGGCAGACAACAUGCACACACCAUCUAUAUUAAAGGAGGAUGACAAAGUAGUUCCAGAGGAGCAAGAGCCUAAUCUCCAUCAAAGUGUUUCUGAAAACCAUGAAGUGUCCAGUGCUACAGCUACAGUUAAGGUGAUUCUAUCUCCCAAUGGCCAAGUGGUCACAGUUGCAUUUUCUAUUGGAAAUUCUGUGGGAAACCUUAAGAAAUACUUUGCAAAUCAAAUGAAAAUACCAGAAACGGUCAUACAAAUAAUGUUUGAAGGCCGAAUAGUUGAAGAACAUGAAACUCUUGUGGAUCUCGGCAUCACACCUCAUGGAACAAUCCAGCUGGACAUGCAGUCAUUGGAUCCUGAAAACUAUCCAAUCAAAGCUAUGAAAUUUCAGCAUGAAUACAGCAUGCCAGAUGUCAUAACUGUUAGGGUACAAACAGAAGAAACCUAUCAGGAUAUAGCAGUGGAAAUUGAAAGGCUGAAUUAUCGUAAACCAUAUCUGGGUGGAUAUCGACAUAAAGCUACCGGUGUAGUGUUCUAUCAUGCCGGAACACAGACUGUACCCAAAAAGAGGCCAGAUAAAGGAGUUGUUGUGUUCUGUAGAGAUACUCAGACUGUAUAUGAGAAGAACAAGAUCCAACAGUCAAGCAAUACAAUGGCAACACAAAUGACAAAAAUUGGUUGCUAUGUAGCAAAUUUAACAGAUAAACUAUUACAGCCCAAGAAGUAUGUGACAGCCGAUGAAUUUCACGCAAGAAGAUUGAAAGCUGUGAUAGUAAUACAGACUUACUUUCGCCGCUUCCAUGCCAAAAGAGUUGUGGAGCAACUGAGGGAAGAGAAAAGGCUGAGGACAGAAUGGGAGGAAAAGGAGGAAUUAAGGAAAAAGGAAGAGAAAGAAGAAAGGCUGAGGAAAGAGUAUGAGCGUAGAAUGAACCCCAAAACCAAGGAAGAUUUUGAGCUGCUCUAUCAUGCUCUUGAAUUAUGGAGGAAAGAAGAGGUAGAGCGCAUUAACCAAACAUAUACUGGUGCUGAAAGGAAAGCAGCUCUCUGUGGUUUGCUGGACCAGGAGACACAGAUGAUCUCCUCCAUUGGCAGACACAAAAUCAAUGCGGGUGAAGAGAACCAUGUGAAAGUUAUACAGUCUCUCCUGAACAAGUGCUGUGAACCCAAAAAAUGGAAAGCGUUUGAUGGAAAAACGACUGAAAUGGAUACUCAAUUUACUAUUCGCGCCAGGGAGCUGCGUGACAUCUACACCAGUAUUAAUACCAAGUCCUUUACUAAUGAUGAGAGGCUUGAUGCACUUUUGACACUUAAACAUACUGUCAAGGAACAUGAUUGCAAAUUAACCGAGGAGAUUGUAGAACUGAUUGACAGAGAAGCUGACCUUUUAAUGCGCGGGGUAAAAAACUGCAACCUAGACGGUCUACGAAAAAGAAUAUCAACUCUUUUCCUACAAUACAUAAAGAUCCCCACUUUUAACCCUGAAGUUUCCAGAUUGCUCAAGGUUCCUCAGGACUCUGCAGUCUUUCGCAAAAAUAUAUAUUUCUGUCCCUGUUGUGAAAGCUAUCUACCAUCAACAGAAUUUUCUCUGUCUGCCAAUGCACGUACUGUUGGCAGGUGCCGGAAAUGUUCUAAGUUAGACAAUGAAGCCCGAUUAAGAGAAGAAUUUUCCAAAUAUAGAAUAUUAGUGAAACAGCUGAAAAAGUCUGAAUUUGAUUAUGAUGAUGAUGCCAAAAUUGCGUUCUUUCUCCAGCAAGAAGAUCUUCAGUACCUUGUGGACAAUGUCUGGGCUGCUCAGUCUGCACUCAGUGCCUCUGAUGACCUCUAUGACCUGGUCAUGGUGAGGUGGAACAAAUACUAUGAGUGGUCUCCAUGGAAUUGUAUUCUCUUGACAAAAGAUGAGGCAGCUGCCCAUUUAAAACUUGCUAAUGCUGAACAGGCUUAUGGCAUUGUUUUUAUUCGGAAGAUCAAGCACAGGCAUACUCUUGCCAAGAACUAUUUUUCCCAGAUUCCUGAUAUGGCUCCGUUUCUUCAAGAGGAGAAAUCACAUCAGAUGUCUACAGUUAAUGAUCUGGUUAUUAGUAAACCUAUUGCAGCCACUUUCCAAAACUAGAUUACUUUCCCUGCUGAGUUCAGUAUGUUCAUCAUAUUCUAUUCUAUGCUUCUAUUCUCUAAUGAAGUGAUUGUGUAACCAUUUUAAUAAAAGGGUAGCUAAUCAUUAUGAUGAAUACACUAUACAGUUUGUUAUUCAAAUUUUAAAUAAACCUCAUGAACAUUGUUUUGACACAUGGCAGUAAAUGAAGAAAUUAACUAGUUUACAUUUCUAUUGGUAGUAUAAAGUGGAAAGUGCAUCUCCCUUAUAUACAUAUAGAAGGGAAAAUGCAGUGCCUACCCCACUUCUAUACUUUAAAGUUCCAGCACACUUUCUUAAUUAGACACUAUUUUAAAAAAAAAUGUGGGGUGUUCUGUACUUUUAAAUAAGGGAUAGCAUUCUGUUACUGUUACAAACAAUAAAAUAUAAAGUUAGUUUA